UCCAAAAAGGACCCACUUACCCAGCACUUUUCACUUUCCCUUUUCUGAAAAAACGACGAUCUUCUUAGGAAUCCCUAACCGACCCUGAACCAAGCCCCUUUUUUUCCUAUUCGAAUCAGUUCUAUUGACCCAUUUUUCGGGUCUCCUUGUUAAUGGGAUUUGUGGGUGAAUUUAUUGUGAAAUCUGGUUGUUGUUCUAGUUGGGGUUAGUCAAUUUGAAUUAAGGAAAUGAAGAGAGGGAAAGAUGAUGAUAAGAUCAUGGAUCCAAUGUUCCCUAGACUUCAUGUUAAUGAUGCUGAUAAAGGAGGUCCUAGAGCACCGCCCAGGAACAAGAUGGCUCUUUAUGAGCAGUUUAGUAUUCCCACCCAGAGGUUUAGUCAUGCUGCUUGCCCUCUGUCUUCUAACAAUGGUAACUUGGUUACUCCGGGUUUCUCAAGCCAGGGGAGUGGUCGUGAAAGAAAUAUGCUUUUCCCUCCUCCUGUGCAACCUUCAACACCCACUCAUCAAGCUGAGAAGUUACAUGGAUGUCAGCCUGCUGGAGCAACUUUGAACACUCGUUUAGCACAGCUUGAGGAAAAAAAGAAGAUAGGAAAUGAUGAUGAUUUUGCAGUUCCUGUAUUUGCUCACCCCGAAAUAGAUCAAUGCCAUAGUAAAACCCAAAGUGGCAUUCACAGGGGAAAAAUCUCUCCUGUGAGCCCAACUUAUCCUGGUCACUUAACGAAUUUGCAAAAUAUUUUUGAUAAGGAUGCAAAAAGAAGUAGUUCCUUGGUUUCUAAUCCUAGACAUGAGACUAGACACCAAGGUGAAGAGAACCCCAACAUUUGCACCUCGAUUAGCAACCAUUCAGUAAAAUCUUUUGCAAAUGAAUCAGCCAGAGAUAGAGUUGAUGGAUUUGCAAAGGUAGCUAGUGCAUUACCAAGUCAAGAGUAUGUAGAUCUCCCUGGAUCUGAUCUUAGCAGAUUAAACAGCAGUAAUGCUUUGUUACAACAUGAAUCUAGAGCUGGGUUGCAACAAAAUGACCGUGGACAUUGUGAUGAUGAUGAAUCUGGGAGGGAUGCUGAGAAGGAAAUUGUUCCCCAGACAAGAAGUGGUGCACAUACAAGGGAAGAGCAUGGCAGUCCUAACGAGCCUGUUAUUGACAAUGACUAUAAUGGAACCAAUACAUGUGGGUCACCACAGUUUAGAAAUGGAGACAAAAGCGAUGAUGUCUCGGACACCUCCAUGGUGGAUGGUAUAUCGGGCUUGGAUAUCACUCCUGAUGAUGUUGUGGGAAUAAUAGGUCAAAAAGAUUUCUGGAAAGCUAGAAAAGCAAUCGUCAAUCAACAAAGAGUGUUUGCGGUUCAAGUAUUUGAGUUACAUAGACUGAUUAAGGUCCAACAACUGAUUGCUGGAUCACCACACAUAUUGCUUGAGGACAGUGCCUAUCUUGGCAAACCUUCUUUGAAUGCUUCUCCAGCAAAGAAGCUUCUGCCAGAGUAUGUUGUAAAACCACUACCUCACGUCAAAUGUAGAGAUGAUUCUGAGAAGCCUAAUCAUAAGAUGGAAUGCUCUGCGGAAAAUGCAGUUGGGAAGACAUCUCUUUCUUCUGUGAAAAAUGUUAGUCAGCCUUCAAAUUAUGGGCCUUACCUUGCAAACCCACCAUCAGCACCCAUGGCUGCUGAUUCCAGAAUGGGCCCAUGGUGUUUUCAUCAUUCACCUGUGCAUCAGUGGUUAAUUCCAGUCAUGUCCCCUUCUGAAGGGCUUAUAUACAAACCAUGUCCUGGUCAUGGAUUUAUGGGAGCAGUUUGUGGGACAGGUUGCGGGCCUUUUGGGUCAACUCCCCUGUCUGGUAACUUUAUGAAUCCAGCCCUUGGAAUGCCAUCUCUUCAUCCUCAUCAAGGGAUUGGUGCUAUACCGGGUGCUCAUCCAGUUGGUCAUAGUUACUUCCCUCCAUAUGGCAUGCCAAUAAUGAACCCAUCUAUCUCAGGUUCAGCAACUGAACAAAAGAACCAGUUUGCUGGACCUGGUCCACAUGGUCAGUUAUCUGGAGGGGGAGCUAACUUCAACAUGCAGCACAAAAGCUCAAGUAAUGUUCCAGCCCAGAAGAGUGGAGCUAUUCCACAAGUAAUGCAGUUUCAGGCAUCUAAAGACACAGAGCUACAAGGAAGUACAGCUAGUAGUCCAGGUGAGAGAAUACAAAGUGAAGGGACAGGUCCAGCUGUUGAAGGAAGAGAUUCACUUCCACUUUUCAAUAAGGCUCCAGUCAUCCAAGAGGGAGUCCCACAGCCUCAUGAUACAGACCAGCCAACCAAAGUGAUCAAAGUCGUGCCUCACAAUCCUAGAUCAGCUACUGAGUCUGCAGCUCGAAUUUUUCAGUCUAUUCAAGAAGAGAGGAAGCAGUAUGACUCAAUUUAGCUUGCUUGUGUUGAACAAACUCUUUACUGGAUUAUGAUCUGAUACUAUCUGCUUCGGAAUGUUGCCUGGUAAUUUCCCUCUACCUUUUUGGGCAUGAUAUUUGUGAUAUAGUUUAUUCACAUGUAGAUAUAUCUCUAGAAUUACAAGAAGUCAGUGUACUAUGAAUAUUGCUUAAAAUCGAUACCAAGUAGAGGGAGAUCUGCUGAGGGGACUAUGGUGUCUUACUCUUACAAACGUGAUAACUAGUUUCUCUGUAACUGCCUACCUGUCUCAUGUUGUAGACUAUGUAUUGUGACAGCUGUAGUAAAGAGCACUAGAUAUCAUCUUCUGAGGUUUUCUUGUAUUUAGUUCUUUAGUGAUUUUCUUUAUAUAAAGUCAAAUGUGGCUUUGGUUUGGCACGAUUGUGCUGUUGCUUUCA